UUGCUGGCGCCUGGUAGGCGCCGAGAACUUUCAGACACAGCUGCCCCAUGAAAUCAGAGACGCCACAACAAGGGAACGAUACUUUUAUAUCGACGCCUGUAAAGCAAUAAGAAACAAAAAUGAUAAUUUUAAUCAGAGUUAUUACAAUUAUCGCAUUCAUUUUGGAAGUGACAGGGGAAAAACCACGAAGUUUUUCCUGUGUUCCGAAUGAUUGCUACACCGCAAUUCAGGACCCAAAGGAUUUUAAGACAUCUUCAGAUUUGUGUAAAGACAGAGGGGGACAUUUAAUGACGGUUCGUUCAACAGUGUCCAGUGAUGUCAUCCAUGACUUACUGUUUAACCUUCUUGAAGAUUUCUGGAUCGGACUGCAGCUUCCCGUUGGCCAAUGUAGCAACACAUCGAGAGGAUUACUGAGAGGAUACAAGUGGACGACGGGAGACACCAGCACAGAUUUCUCCAACUGGAAAAGCAACGCCUCUAUUUGUUCUCCAAUGUGCGUCUCGGUUUCCAGUGGUCAAAAAUGGACUGAAAGACCGUGCCAUGACAAAAUAGCGGGGUUUCUGUGCGAGUAUAACUACCAGAGCACGUGCACGCCACUGCGAACGGCAGCUAACGAGCCUGUCUCUUAUAGCACUCCUCUUGGUUUCAACGGAGAGGGUUUACUUGCGCUACCACCAAACAGCGUUGCUACUCAAAGACCAUCUGGAAUUAAAAAACUGUGCGCACUCGAUAAAGAUGUGUGGUUAGAGGCUCCGUGGAGUUGUGACAUUGAGAACGGCGGCUGCGAAUAUCGAUGUGAAGUGAUUCAAGGUUUGUCAGAGUGCAUAUGCGCCACUGGCUUUAAAAUGGUUGCCGGCAAGUGCUCGUUCGACGAAUGCUCGAACGGACCCUGCCAGCACAAAUGCAACAAUGUGGUCGGUGGGUACAGCUGUUCUUGUAAUGAAGGGUACAAACAAGCGAGCGAAAACUUACACAAGUGUGAACUACACUGUCCCGCGGACGAAUGCCCUGCUGUAUGCCGCUCAAACGAUGCCACAUUUUGCGAUUGUCCAUUUGGAUAUAUAAUUGAAGAAAAGGAAAAGGGUUUGAAGGUAUGCAAAGAUAUAAACGAAUGUGAAAAUGAACAAUGCGAACAGCAAUGCAGAAACACGUUAGGAAGUUUCAUAUGUUCAUGUGAGAGGGGAUUCGAACUGGUGGACGGAUUCAAGUGUCACAGAAGACCUGAUUUCGUUGAAGAUUCCACUGCAACAGAUGUACCAACUAACUUCGUUAAUUCAAUUUCACGGGACAUUGAGAACAGCGCCGGUAUGGUGACAGUAGAAGUGCUAACUGGAAUUGUCCUAUGCUUGCAAUCGUCGCUUGUAAUAAUCUAUGUUUCCUCUUUUUAAACAUUUAAAUGCAUCAAUGAGACAUUUGUGUUUUGUCUUGUUUUGCUGUUGAAAAGUAAUGGAAAUUUCAUUCAAGCAUUAAAUAAUCAGGCAUGCAUGAAACUAACUAAAAGAACAUUGCUGGAUUCAACUCAUAUUACAGUUUUUUACAAUGAAUUUGGCGCUAAUCUUGCGUAAUUUUCAAAACGCAAGAUUAUGGUUUCAUUCACAUUUUUUUUUCUCUCUAACAAGUUUUUUACAGUUAACACAAAAGCAAUGUAUGUGGCCAAACUGUGAAUAACUUUUUGACCAAAAAUGCAAAAACAUAAUUUCUCAGACAGGCUGAACCACAAAAAAACUAUAGAUUUAUAUAGCCAAUAAACAGCCCUUAUAUUUGCAAACUGAUAGAAAAGUGCAUCUACCAUAAUUCCACUGGUCGUUAGUGUUUUUUUAGAUCAUUGUUCUAUGGUUGCCAAUUUGAUUUUGGUUUGAAUACGGUCUGUGAUAAAGGAUGGUGAUUAUGAAAUAUUACAUCCAAUGAUAAUGUGGUAAAAUCGAUCAUGUUCCAAAGCAACUAGUGUUCUAAACUGAUCUAAACAUAGAAUUUUGUCAAAGUAAUCAGUUUCCAUUAAACUAUGCAUCAGUAGUAAUAUACUUAUCAUUUUAUAUACUUACCAUUUGGAUACAUUGGUAAUUAGAUGCAUCAUAAUGAAUGGAAAUACAAUAUUUCACUCUAUGUCAUUUUGAAAUGACACAAGUGAUUUGGUUCAGCGAACAAAUUAUUUUUGAUGUAUGUAUAUUGUAUCCAAGCAAUUGAAAAAAGUCUUUAGAGUUUUGAAAAAAUGCCAAGGUUCUGAAAUGAGUGUCAAAGUGAUUGUAAAAAACUGUAAGAUGCACACGUGGAUUUGAGCAGUUUAUCCAAUUCUUGGAUCUUGGCAAUCUUCAAAUGCCAUUUGGCAUACUUCAAGCUGGCUGUCAUAUGCCAUUUGAAAUGGUUUUAUACCCUUGAUUUAUGCUGAUCUACAAUUUUAUCAUUGAGGUCUACAGAGAGUUCCUUGGACUUCAUGGCUCCGGACAUGCAGUGUGAAUUGUGGGACCUUAUAUACACAGGUGUGAGCCUUUGUAAACUAUGUCUAAUCAAUUCAAUUUGCGACGUGGUGGUCUCCAAUCAAGUUCUAGACACAUCUGAAGGAUAAUUAAAGCAAAUAAGAUGCACCUGUCCACAAUAUGGAGCGCCACAGCAAUACUUUUUAUAGUUUUAGAUUCAUAUUUGCAAAAAUGUGUUUUAAUGUUGCCAUUAUAGGUUAUUGUGUGUAGAUU